AGGAAAGAAAAAGGAGAUCCUCUAAACAUUGCAAUUGAUAAGAUGACCAAGAAAACAAGAGAUCUAAGGAGACAGCUUCGGAAAGCAGUGAUGGAUCACAUAUCUGAUUCUUUCUUGGAAACCAACGUCCCUUUGCUAGUUCUCAUUGAGGCUGCAAAGAGUGGGAAUGAAAAGGAAGUGAAGGAAUAUGCCCAGGUUUUCCGUGAACACGCCAACAAGCUGGUGGAGGUUGCCAACUUGGCCUGUUCCAUCUCCAACAAUGAGGAAGGGGUCAAAUUAGUCCGGAUGGCGGCCACCCAGAUUGACAGCCUGUGUCCCCAGGUCAUCAAUGCCGCUCUCACACUGGCUGCUCGACCACAGAGCAAAGUUGCUCAGGACAACAUGGACGUCUUCAAAGACCAGUGGGAGAAGCAGGUCCGAGUGCUGACAGAGGCGGUGGAUGACAUCACCUCAGUGGAUGACUUCCUUUCUGUCUCAGAAAAUCACAUAUUGGAGGAUGUGAACAAGUGUGUGAUAGCCCUCCAAGAGGGGGAUGUGGACACUCUGGACCGGACUGCAGGGGCCAUCAGGGGCCGGGCAGCUCGAGUCAUACACAUCAUCAAUGCUGAGAUGGAGAACUAUGAAGCUGGUGUUUAUACUGAGAAGGUGCUAGAAGCUACAAAAUUGCUCUCUGAGACAGUGAUGCCACGCUUUGCUGAACAAGUGGAGGUUGCCAUUGAAGCCCUGAGUGCCAACGUCCCUCAACCUUUUGAGGAGAAUGAGUUCAUCGAUGCCUCUCGCCUGGUGUAUGACGGCGUUCGGGACAUUAGAAAGGCUGUGCUGAUGAUCAGGACCCCAGAAGAACUAGAGGAUGAUUCUGACUUUGAGCAGGAAGAUUAUGACGUGCGCAGCCGGACAAGUGUUCAGACCGAGGAUGACCAGCUUAUCGCAGGGCAGAGUGCACGGGCCAUCAUGGCGCAACUACCACAGGAGGAGAAGGCAAAAAUAGCUGAGCAGGUGGAGAUAUUCCACCAAGAGAAAAGCAAGCUGGAUGCUGAAGUGGCCAAAUGGGACGACAGUGGCAAUGAUAUAAUUGUGCUGGCCAAGCAGAUGUGUAUGAUCAUGAUGGAAAUGACAGACUUCACAAGAGGCAAAGGCCCAUUGAAAAAUACAUCUGAUGUCAUUAAUGCUGCCAAGAAAAUUGCCGAAGCAGGUUCUCGAAUGGACAAAUUAGCUCGUGCUGUGGCUGAUCAGUGUCCUGAUUCAGCAUGUAAGCAGGAUUUAUUAGCCUACCUUCAACGAAUUGCCUUGUAUUGCCAUCAGCUUAAUAUCUGCAGCAAGGUGAAGGCAGAAGUACAGAAUCUGGGAGGAGAGCUCAUUGUGUCAGGGACAGGAGUUCAGAGCACUUUCACUACCUUUUAUGAGGUAGAUUGUGAUGUCAUAGAUGGGGGCAGGGCUAGUCAACUUUCUACCCACCUCCCAACCUGUGCUGAGGGAGCUCCAGUCGGGAGUGGAAGCAGUGAUUCCUCCAUGCUGGACAGUGCCACAUCCCUCAUCCAGGCAGCUAAAAACCUGAUGAAUGCUGUUGUCCUCACGGUGAAAGCAUCCUAUGUGGCCUCAACCAAAUACCAGAAGGUGUAUGGGACAGCAGCCGUCAACUCCCCUGUUGUGUCCUGGAAGAUGAAGGCUCCAGAGAAGAAGCCCCUUGUGAAGAGAGAAAAGCCCGAAGAAUUCCAGACGCGAGUUAGACGAGGUUCUCAGAAGAAACACAUUUCUCCUGUACAGGCUUUAAGUGAAUUCAAAGCCAUGGAUUCCUUCUAGGACGAUAGGCUCUAAAAGAAAGCUUUUUCUUUGUUUUGUUUUGUUUUGUUUUUCUUUCCUUUUCUUUGUAAUUCCAUUUUUGUAUGCAUACCUGCCGACUCAUAUGCCUCAGGCAUGGGGAAAUUAAGGGAGCAGUGUCUGCAUGUAAGAUAAGAUGUGGUCAAUACUACUGACCCGUCUGUAGCCCGGGGAGGGGACAGGGAAUUCCUGUUCUGAUGUGGCACAGAACUGUCCUUUGCAACAUUCUCAUAAAAGUGGGCAAAGAGUUCGCAUCGCAAUGUUUACGGGAGCGGGAGGGAUGGGGAAAAUAAACUUAACUCUACAAAAGCAAACUCUAAUGCAUGCAAGAAUCAUUAGGUUGGCAGGUAUAUUAAUAAGUGAAAAAUCUGGAAGUGUAAUGGUAGAACAUAAAGCUUGUAUUGCUUCUGUUUCAGUGCAAAAAUGUACUAGCCAAUACGCUUAAGUGUGUGGCCCACAAAUUGAACAAUUCAACUUUGACAUCCAUAAUAUUAUGUGGAUUUUUUACUAGGAGGAAACUAACUCAUCCAGCCUAAAAUGCUUCUUUUAAUCUGUAUUCUGUUCUUUCUCUUCUAGUAGUGCCAUUACUAGUGCUCAUGUGAUAAAUUUUUCCCCCUUUACUGAAAACAAUAAACAUUUAUUUGAAACAAUUAUAAUCCUUCUGGGGGCACUGGAAGCACAAUGUGGUGAUCAAUCUUGCUUUUACUUUUUUUAAAAUUUUAACUAUGAUUUUGCUAGAAAUAGGAGGCCCAGUGGUGGUGGAAUGUUAGAGGAAUGGAAACUGACAAUAUGUGUGAAGGUUUAGGGGCAAAUACAUAGGUGUAGUUUGGAGUGCUGGUAUCUAAUAUACCGUUGUAUCCACUAACUCGAAAUAAACACAGUUAAUCUUGACAUCUGAA